AUGCGGCUUACUUCUUCCUCCUACACUGAAAUUCUCAACGACAAGAACAACAAAGUCGGCAGCUUCCUUGUAAACCAUGUGAGCUUCAGCUUUGGACCAAGAAAGAACUGCCACUUAUUAUCCGUACUCUCCUCUACCAUCAAAGAUGGAGUUGAAGAGCUGUUAACCCUCGCAGGAAAAAUCCCUUUACCAUUCACCAAGGACUUCUAUGACUUAGUAGUAUUGGGUCCCUGUGGUGGCCUAUUCUGUCUUUAUGAUCGUUCCUCUCUGAACAAUCUCACUCCCCUCUGGAAUCCAGCAACUGGAGAAGUCAAGCCUCUGCCUCCGUCCACCGUCAAGCAUCCGCCUGAGGUUUCAAUAGAUCAAGUUGAUCUAUACUCUCUAAAAGAUGAUUCUUGGAGAGCAACCUCUCCUCUUGAAGACGUUGUUUUGAAUAAUGCUAAACAAUGGAGUAGUCUGUUGACGGGUGGUGAAUUUGGAUGUCCUUUGACCUUUGACUUUGCCAAUGAAGUUUUUGAGAGAUUGCCACUACCAGAUUUUGAUGAGUCUCGUUAUGAUUGCGUAAUCUCAAGUUUUAAUGGAUUACCUGCUGCUAUUAUUUAUAAUAAUGGAUAUUCAAGUUUUGAGGGAUUCACUGGUUCUGUUUAUGACGAUCACUACUGGAAGAAUGCAAAUACACAAUUUGAUGUAUGGGUGAUGACAGAGUAUGGAGUGAAAGAGUAUUGGGUAAAACUACAUAGUGUUGGACCCUUUUCAGGGGUUGAGUGGCCCUUAGGUCUUUCGAAUAAUGGUUGGCUAUUUUUGGCAAAUCCAACGGGGCAGUUGCUGUUUUGUGAUGCAAGCACCAAAUAG